CCCAUUGGUCAAAGCCAAAACAAAUAGAGAGUUUGUCUCUUUUUAGAUUGAAAACUGAUCAGAUAGCCACGAUAAAAAAAGAGAGAGAAAAUGGCUUCGUCAACGAUAGAGUUGUUGAAGGAGGAGCUUCCAGUGAAGCAAGAAUCUCUGGUUUUGUCUGAGGAAGUCAAGACUGGCCUCGUCCUUGUCGAUAUCGUUAAUGGCUUUUGCACCGUCGGCUCUGGCAAUUUGGCUCCAACACAACCUGAUGAACAAAUUUCUGGGAUGGUGGAUGAGUCCGUGAAACUUGCUAGAGUUUUCUGUGAGAAGAAAUGGCCUAUUUUUGCUUUCCUUGAUUCUCAUCACCCAGAUAUUCCUGAACCUCCAUAUCCACCUCAUUGUAUAGCCGGAACAAAUGAGUCCAAACUGGUUCCUGCCCUGCAAUGGUUAGAGAAUGAACCAAAUGCAACACUUAGAUGCAAAGAUUGCAUUGAUGGGUUUCUCGGUUCAAUUGAAAAAGAUGGCUCCAAUUUGUUUAUAGAUUGGGUGAGAAAUAACCAGAUAAAAAAGAUUUUGGUGGUAGGGAUAUGCACCGAUGUAUGUGUGCUGGAUUUUGUGUGUUCAACAUUGUCUGCAAGAAAUCGGGGUUUACUUGUUCCUUUGGAGGAUGUGAUUGUGUAUUCAAAUGGAUGUGCCACUUUUGAUCUUCCGAUUCAUGUUGCCAAUACAAUGAAGGAUGCUAUUGCUCAUCCACAGGAGCUCAUGCAUCACAUAGGGCUUUACAUUGCCAAGGGAAGGGGAGCCAAGGUGGUAUCAGAAGUAUCAUUUAGUGCAUGAGAGAGUCAUGAUGUUGACAUGAAAUUGUAUGGAUCUAAGGGUUUGUUUGGAUACCGUUUAUUACUGAAAACUGAAAUCUUAUUACUGAAAAUAUUUUAGCAAAAUAAUUUUUAAAAGUGUGAAUAAUGUUGUGGGAUUCAAAUUUA